UUUAUUUUUCUUUUUAAUUUUUUUCUUUUUAAUUUUUUUUUUCUUUAAUAACGUUUUUCUCCCCUUUUCAAUAUUUUAAUUUUUUUUUUUACUAUAAAAAAAAAAUAAAAAAAUGAGUAAUCAAGGACCUAUUUUAGGAUCGUUAUCUCAUUUAAGUCUUAGUGUUAGUGAUUAUGAUAAAAGCAUUAAAUAUUAUGACACUGUCCUCACAAAAUUAGGUUUCAAACCGCUCAUGAAAGAAGUAUACUAUACAGCUUGGACAAAUAAAGCUUGUGGAAUUCAAAUUGGUGUCGCUCCAAUUAAGCCGGAACAUAAAGAUUCCAAACAUAUCAGAUAUUCUGUUGGUUUCCAUCAUUUAGCAUUAAAUGCAACAUCUCGUGAAGAAGUUGAUAAUUUCCACGAUUUUUUAGUAGAAAAUAAAUUCACUGUUUUGGAUAAACCCAAAGAAUAUGAAUAUGCUCCUGGUUAUUAUGCCGUUUUUUGGGAAGAUCCUGAUGGUAUGAAACUUGAACUCUGCUAUGUUCCUGUACCAGAAUUAGAAAAUUCUGAAUCCGUUAACGCUGAUGUUGUUGAUAGUAAUGAAGACAAUGAACAUGAAGGAAAGGAUCAUGAAGGUGGUGGUGAUAAUGAUGGAAAUAGUCCCAAACGUCAAAAAACCGAAUAAUAAAUUGGAUUUUAUAUUAAAAAUUUUUUUUGAAAAUCAACUUAAUAAUAAUCUACUUUUAUAGUUUAAAUUAGUUCUUUUAAAAUAGUUCUUUUGAUUUUGA